AUGAUAAAAGAAAAUAAAAAACAAUAUACGCCUGAAUUAAUGCAUCUUGCAACCCAAAUCAGUAACACUGGCAGUAUUACUAUUUCAUCCACUGCUGAAUGUACUAGAGCAAUUAUACACUUCUUAACAGACAAGGAACCAGAUCACUGGCUUUCAACUGGAACUGUUUUAUGCUGGAAUAAAGAAGUUGCUACUUCAUGCCUUCAUCAGAAUUGUCCUAAAGAUACCAAUUCUCAUUUUUAUUUUUGUGGAAUAAUGUGUGAUGAAAAUAAUAUUGCCUAUAUGUCUGGUUUCAAAUCAGGUGCAGUUGUCAAAUUUAAUUUGAUGUGUCAGUCUUCCUCCUAUCAAAUACCUUGUGGUUUAUAUGCAUUGCAAAUUACAUUAGUGAAUUUUGAAACUACAACAAUUGGAAAAAAUAAUUCUCCAUCAGGUCUCUCUUUGGAACAACAACAGCCAUAUAACCUUCUCAGUUUAACAUACCACUUACAUGGUGGAUAUAAUGAGGGCAAUAAAGAAAGUCUUUUGAACAUGAAAUCUGACUCAAUACAUAAAUUAUACUGGUGUUUGCUUCAAUAUCCUCUAAAAACUUAUCAAAAACCAAUAUCAAGCCAUUGGUUAUACCAGCUAACAACUGCUCACCAAUAUUUAACAAAUAAAAAAUACUCACCUAAUAUUUGCACAAUGGUUUACUACUGA